UCUCCAGCAGAUAUUGAUAAAAUGGUCGCGUCAUAUUUGCAAAAGAAGGGUUAUAAGGCUACUGAAGCCAUCUUUUCACGCGAAGCAAAAGGUGAAAAAAUAUCGUUGGAUGACAUUUUAGGGGAAAAGUCCACUAAUAUAAAAGACGAGCAACAAGAAGCAGAUACCUCUGCUGAUUCCAAACAACACCAAGAAGAAGAGGAAGAAGAAGAUCCAGAAUUGUACGAUUUGAAUUAUAAAAAUUUAAGAGAAUGGAUCGAGAAUUCUUUAGAUUGGUACAAGCCUGAAUUACGAUCAGUAUUAUUUCCAAUUUUUGUCCAUUCUUAUCUUGAUCUCGUCAGUAAAAGUCAAUUGGAGAAAGCCAAGCAAUUUAUGGAUACGUAUAAACGAGAUCACGUCGAGUUACAUACACCAGAUUUAACUAUACUCGAAGCUGUGACAGAGCCACACCACAUCCUUGAAAAUGAACUGGCGCAGAUGUAUAAGAAUAAUAAAUAUAAUUUAAGGAUGUCAGGUGUUCCUUUUGAAUUAUUUUUGAACUAUUUACAAGAUAAUAAAUUUAUGUUACUGCUUCGAAUUGUGAAUCAAUAUCUAAAUAUACAAGUGGUUCAUGGUAAAUUGUUGAAAUCCGCAGGCGGACUAGAGUUAGAUGGUGUGAUUGGCAUUACAGGACACCAAACACAACAGUUGGAAGAAUUUAACAGACAGCCAGUACAGCUCGGAUUAAACCAACUGGAUUCAAACUUUAAAGAAGAGAUAGAAAACACAUUGAAAGAAAUCGAUAGAGCUAAGAAGGAAGAGAAUAGCAAAAAUGACAAUUUCGAUCAGUCUGAGCCUACCAUAUCAUUAUUAGAUACAUUCAAAAAGUAUGUGCAAGAAUAUACAGCAGACGGCCCUGCACCAGACGACAUACCACUCCCACCAUAUAGAGGCACAGAUAUUACUGCACAAGUUGAAUAUUUGAAAAGCAUCCAUCAUCGUUUACCCUUGAGCCAAUCGUCUUUACCGAGUAUAUGCUGCUACACAUUUCACAAUACACAUGAUAGUUUGAAUUGUAUCGCUACGACCAAAGAUGCAACAUUAAUAGCAGGAGGGUUUUCAGAAUCGUAUGUAAAAAUUUGGAGUUUGAAAGGCGAAAAGCUGAAGUCACUUAGAAAUACCAUCAACCCAGCGCACGUUAAUGAUUACAACGAUUUGAAUCGACAAAAGGAACGGCAUGGAUCAGAAUACAAAAAGUUAGUGGGACAUUCGGGUCCAGUAUAUGGACUCAGCUUCAGCCCAGAUAAGAAAUAUCUGGUUUCUUGUUCUGAGGAUAAAACGACUAGACUAUGGAGCACACAAACUUUCACCAACUUGGUUAUUUUCAAGGGCCAUAAUAGCCCAGUUUGGGAUGUUGAUUUCGGACCUUACGGAUUUUACUUUGCGACUGGUGCACAUGAUAGAACAGCGCGAUUAUGGAGUGUUGACCAUAUAAACCCUUUACGAAUUUUUGCUGGUCACUUAUCAGAUGUUGAUACUGUCAAAUUCCAUCCUAACUCGAAAUACUUAGUUACCGGCUCGAGUGACCGUACUUCCCGAUUAUGGGACGUCCAAACCGGUAAUUGCGUUCGUGUCUUCACAGGUCAUACAGGCUCUAUUAAAACAGUGGCUGUGUCCCCCAAUGGUCGUCUAAUGGCUUCUGCUGGCGAAGACAAAUCGAUUAUGUUAUGGGAUCUGGGGUCAGGCAAACGUAUCAAGAAAUUGACAGGUCAUACUGGGUUCAUUUACUCCCUUAGUUUCAGCGCGGAUAGCUCUGUUCUUGUAUCGGGAGGAUCAGACAACGCUGUAUGCGUGUGGGAUGUCAAUACUGAUUCGACAAAUGCUACUUACAUGGAUACGACAGCAAGUCAGAAUAGUUUUAACAAUAAUGAACCAAAGCGACCGAGAUUGGAUGAUAAUGAAAUUAACAGGAAAUCUAAAAGAGUGCAUGAAAGUCAAGAGCGUUUAGCCGUAUUCCCAACAAAAUUGACACCACUAUAUGAUAUUCGAUUCACUGAUCGUAACUUAUGUAUUGUGGCAGGGGCUUAUACUCCUCAAAAAGCAAAUGAACAUUAGAUCUUAUAAAAACCUAAUACAUCCAUUCAUUCAAUAUAAGUUACUUGACUUUGUACUGUAUCUAUCAAACAGAAAAAUUUAUGUUACAUAGAGGUUUGAAGUGAUAAAAGCAUUAGACCUUGACUUUUUACCAGAACGCGAAUACCAUCAAACUGUACCUGAAGGCACAGAA